AUCUCACCAAUGGUUCAAACACAAUUUAGUCAAAUGAUUAAAAUGCCGAUUAUAAAACAAACUUUUUCUACCUCAAUAAGGAAAAUGGUGAAAUAAAGAAGACAGCACCGGCUAAAAACAACUUGGUCUUUACGAAUAGAAGUCUACAGUCGAUGAGUUGUCGGUCACAAGCGAGAGGCUCACGAAGAAUCCACGAACAUGUGAGAAGUUUUAAAAAAAGUUGUAGCUCGUCGUCGCGUCUGACGUCUGUUUUCGCGCAAAGCAAUGCUUUUGAGUCGCGAAAGACAGGUAGCGUUAAGUAUUAUUAUCUUUGUGUCUACUAUCCUUUGCUCCUGCUAUCAUAACGCAAACGCAGAAACAGACUUCUGUUUUAAAGAUAAGUGCGGGAGAAGUUCAAAGCAAGGGGAGCAUUGGAUAACAGAGACCAACAAACCAACAUCAGCACCAAAAGUCGCAGUCGAAGAAGUCGACAUCUCUACAGGAAUGGAGUGGCACUCUCAUGGAAUAAAUAACAAUGAUCUUGUAACACAGCUAAGGCAAUUCGACAUCAUAAAGUCAAGCCGAAUUGAGGAAGCUAUGAGAAUGGUUGACCGGGCGAAUUACUGCCAUCACAACCCCUACAAUGAUUCUCCUCAGUUCAUUGGAUAUGGAGUGACAAUAAGUGCUCCCCACAUGCACGCACACGCUUUAGAAUUACUCAAAGACAAUAUAAGAGAAGGAGCAAAAGUCCUGGAUGUCGGAUCGGGGAGUGGUUAUCUCACUGCUGUCAUGGCCAUUAUGGUGGGGAAGACUGGUAAAGUGGUUGGGAUUGAUCACAUCCAAGAGCUUGUUGAUAUGUCAAGAAAAAAUGUCCUGAAGGGGAAUGCCAACCUUCUGGAAGAAAACAGACUUAUUUUGGUCACUGGUGAUGGAAGAAAAGGAUAUUCUCAAGAAGGACCAUACGAUGCCAUCCAUGUGGGCGCCGCCGCUGAUCCAUUUCCAGAAGAGUUAGUUAAACAGUUGAAGCCAGGAGGAAGGAUUCUUCUACCAGUGGGUCCAGACCAUGGUACCCAAUGGCUAGAACAGGUAGAUAAGGACGAAGAGGAUAAUGUCAAGAGAAAGAAACUGAUGAGGGUAAGAUAUGUACCAUUGACUAACAAGGAAGAGCAGUUAUCUUAAAGAGUAUACAAUAAAAUUCAAUUAAAGAAUGUGAAAAAGAUGCUAAAUAAAACAUCUAUAUUUCUAAGGAAA